AUGACUUCUAAGAGGCUACCCGCUGACACUUGUGACAGGCCGCUUUAUAAAAUAGUGGUUGUAGGUGAUGGAGGUGUUGGAAAGUCUGCACUAACAAUCCAGUACUUCCAGAGAAUGUUUCUUGAAGAACAUGAUCCUACGAUUGAGGACUCAUACAUCCAGAACGCUGAGAUCGAUAAUGAGCUGUGUAUGUUGUAUGUACUGGACACUGCAGGACAGGAGGAGUUUAGUGCAAUGCGAGAGCAGUAUAUGCGCAUAGGUCAAGGAUUUAUUAUUGUAUACUCAGUGACAGAUCCUCAGAGUUUUGAAGAAGUUCAGCGAUUUCACAAAGAAAUUUCACGGUGUAAAGACUGUGGUUCUUAUCCCAUGAUAUUGGCAGCAAAUAAGAUUGAUUUGUCUCAACAACGCCAAGUUUCAGAAGAAGAGGGUAAACGUCUAGCCACUUAUCUCCAAGUUCCUUACAUUGAAACAAGUGCUAAAGAUCCUCCAGUUAAUGUAGACAAAAUGUUUCACGAUAUGGUACGAAUUAUCAGAAAACUGCCGCCACCACAAUUAAUCUCGAAAGGUGAUCGUAAAAAAGUUCGUUGUUUGUUAUUAUGACAUGUUCGUUAAUGUGCAGGCUAUUUAAACUUUUCUCAUAUACUUAAACAAAGCGUAAUCAUCUUCAGUGCCUAGGUGCUUCUUCAAUAUUCGAUGAUAUCAAUGAUAAAACAUCUGUAUACAUCCUGCAUACCCCCACCCUGCCUUCUUUUAUCCUGUUUCCUUCCUAACCGAUUCACAAUGUGCUUCUAGAUGUCUAAACAGAUAUGUAAAAUGAAAAUGUUAAUGAUAGUAUUCCAGUGAAUUUAGCUAAAAUAUCAUAUCAGUUAAACCUGUGAUUUGGUAUUUACUUUCUCCUACUCUUCACUACCUUCAAUCUCCAGGUUUUUUUAAACAUCUACUACUAAUAUUUUUGUUAUAUGCUUUGAAACGAUUGCAUUAAUGCGGUGUUAAACAGUAACCAUAAUAAUAAUAACAACAACCCGAAUUGCGCCGAUUCCACCUACUUAACCACUUAUUUUCCCCCAUCAUAUUAAACAUACAUACACAAACACUGACAUUUUGUACAGGAUUUGCUUCUAUAUUUUAUUUCUCUGUAAAACAAGUUUUUUUCCUAACUGUUAUCGGUUAUUAUACUUGUACCUUCCAAUUUUGCACUAUUGUAUCAAGUCUUGCAUACGACCACACUAAAGUGGUAUUUUCGAAUAAUGUUGAACUUUAAUGCUUCAGUGGUUCCUACGUGAUAUCUUGCUUCUAGUAAUAUGUAUUUGGCUGUUCGUAUGGUUUUUAUACUUACCUGAUCAUUUUUGUACUUAUUCAAUACUAAUGAUGAAAUAGUUCUACGUUGUGACCGACUGAAAGAUGUGAUACUAAAAUCAACAGUAGUAAUAAUAACAUUAAGAAGUGUACGCCUGUUUUUUUCUGUCAGAAUCAUUUAUUUAGGCUAAUACAACCACUUUUUGUAAAUCUUUUGUUUUCUCUACAAUUUCUGUUUGCAACAUACACAUCUGUAACUGAUUAAGCUUUUGUUUUAUUCUUUGCAAGAUGGUCGUGUAUAUUUCCACUCUGAAAACGUCGAUCAGCUUGCUGUCAAACAUUUGUGGCUUGAUACUCAUCCAGUUCUCAGCGUCUUUACAUCGUAAAUAUAAGUUCUUCCUUCUUUUUUCUGUACCUUUCCGUUUCUAUAUUUAUGUAUCCCCUUUUGUCUUUCCUAUCUAUAAUCCGUCUCGUAGGUGUUGUACAUUCUACCUAUUGAUUACGUUGAUAAUGUUUUUCUACCAUGUUAUUGUUACUGAUAUGGUAAUUGUGUUGCUUAUUAUCAUCUACUGGGAUGCUCUUCGUUAGUUUAACCACCUAUUUUAACUUCAGGGUAUUCAGUAUUCAUGUCCAUCUGGCUAAAUUUUUCAAUGCUGUCCAUUUAGAAGAGGGCUACAUAUCAACGACCUUGUAAACAACUGAUUACGAUACUUUCCAAAGGAAAUGGAUAAGUGUUUAGUUGUAUAUUGUGAUUGAUUGAUUAUUUAUUAUUCUGCCUCAAAUUCUUCCUUAUUAAAUUACACUAAGAAAACUUGAGUGUUUAUAUAAAAUUACAAUAACCCAAAAUGUAAUCGUGUCUCAUAGAAGUCCAUUUGAUUUCCUGAAAAAAAACUACCUAAAAUCAUGUUUAUUUUGAAGAUAUGUUUAUAUACAGGUAGAGUACUUACGUCUUCAUUGUAAUCAACGUUUAAGACAUUACGAUGGACUAGUUACUAUUAUUGGAGAUUUCAGGAAACGUCUGAACUCAGUGUUAAUUCUUACUGAGAUAUCCUAAGCUUGUCUCUUAUUGUGACAUGCACCAUAGAAAUAGGAAUCUCAAAAAUGGUAGGAAAAUAUGUAGUCAAAGGAUCGUUUAGGUACUAGGGCAGCAGAUAGGAUAGAAUACAUUUGCCAUUUUACCUUCUUCAACCUGGUGCAUCAAUCCUACUGUAUGAUUGGAAAACAAUACCCAGAGCUUUUUUGUGAAGUUACCAAAAUUGGCUAACUAUUGAACUUUUUAAGUUGGCUAAGUAUAUCUAUUUUCUAGUCGGUGAGCUUGUUUCGUAUUCUAUUUUACAUUUGAAAAGAUUUUUUGUGCUAUUCUAAGUUAUAUGCACUUGUCCGUAUAUUUGAUAAAAAAACAUGUAUCUGUAGGCUUUUUCAAUGGUUAAAUCCUACCUAGUAUAUAUUUGUAGGAAACUUCAUUCAUAUCCCUUACAAUCCUAAAAUUACUAAUGAUUUUUCAAAGCUUGUAAAUUAUGACCGAGAAAAAUCCCCAACUUUUAUAUGGUUGUGCUGCUUAAAAUUCAAAAUUAAUGUAAGUAACCGGCAGGUUUACUUAGCACUAUACUUAGUACUUCAAGUAAACUAGUAGUUCUUGUUUGAUUUUCGAUAUAUAGUAGUAAGGUAUUACAGUUAUAUUUUGCUUUUUGUCGUUCAAGGUACAGUCGACUCGCAAUCACUUUUUUGCGUCUUACCUCGUGCGCACGUAUAUUUGGUGCCCCCCUGUACCAAUAUUUGUGUUCAAAUAAAUAAAAUAAAUACCUCGUGCGUAAAACAUCAGACUUUCCAAACAACAUGCUCAAGGAGGAUUGUUGGAGAAGCGUGGAUAUGUAUUUUUUCCACUAGGUACACUAGACUUAAAUAUUUCAAACAAGUCCUUUCUAUUUUGGCGUAAGGGAUUAUAGACUUCUGAGCAUCGUGAUUUACAUCAAGAACAUGCUGCACUUGAACAACAAUCAAGAAACACUAGGUGAUUGUUUCGUCCUAGUAUGGGCUCAGCAGUGUGCAUCGAUGAAUUCGCCGCGGUCAGACCAAAAACCUUCAGUUAGUGCCUAGUCAUUAAGCCCUUAUGGGAUGGUAUACAUUUUCAACUUCAAUUAAUUUGCAGUAUUGCACAACUGUCUCCCAACUACUUCAUUCGACACGUUCGAGCUCCGCUGGUCACUAGAACUCUAUGAAUUACAUAUCGAGAUCGGCCACUGGUAAGGACAUGAUUUUUAGUAGUAUUAGGGUAAGCGGUUUGCAGGGAUUGCUGAGUUUUGAAGUGUACAACAAAAACUGAGAUUAAUUAGACAACUGUUGAAAAUCAGGGGGUAUGUUACUGCAUAUUACGCGGAUUUCGAAUUUAGCACCCGAUCUCAUAACUAUCAUACAAAUUUCUGUACAAUGACACAGGGUUGUUAACAGAUAAGAACCUAGUCUACAUAAAGAAUAUAUUAUUUGGUAAAAUAUUUGUGUAUUCGUUAUUUUAUGAACCUUCGAGCUCAGUGUUUUUACACCGUCGUACAUUUAUUUUCAUUGUUUUCUAUCCACUUUUUGGUGAGUCUAAUACCAUCUUUAAUGUGAAAAUGCAAACAUAUACUUGUAUAGUAUUUCAUGUUAUUACGUAGUCUAAAAAUAUACUGACCGAACAUAACAUGAUAUCUUUGUAAUCAUACUGAAAAUCAGGGGAAGAUAAAAACGGGAAUAUCGAAGAAAUAAGUUGAUGUCUUAAAAUUAUCUGUCGAGUAAUUUUUGACGCACCACAUGUAGUCUUUGCUGUCCAGGCGCCAAUAUGUGGUGUGUAUUCAAAAUAUGGUUUUUUGAAUUCGGGUGGCAGAGGGUCGAUACAAAAAUUGUGGGUUAACUUUCAGAAAAAGUGAUAUUAUUUACUGGAUUGUAUAUUGACAUGUUUACCUAAUAGAAAACAAGUAAUUAAGUUGUAAUAAAAUCGUUGUAGACUAAACGCUUUACCUAAUUUUCUUACUCAUUAUUUCAAAAGGAUAUGGUUGGAUGUCUCGAAAUACAUUAGUAACUUGUAAUUUCCAAUAUCCCAUUUUUGUUUUCAUUUAUAGACUUUUUGAGCUUUUCAUUGUUUACUGAAUUCUCAUCUAGAAUUCCCACACUAACUUAUUUGUUUAACUUGACAUUUUAUAGUCUUUCUAUAUUUAUUGUUAUCUGGCUAAUCUUCGUUGUUAUGACAUAAAAUAUGUACAUUGAUUGCAGUGAAUUAUUAUUUCUAGGCUGUAAGGAGCUGAAGAGAAAUCACGAAAUAAAUUCAUCAUAUUUUACU